UCUAUCUUAUGGCUAACAUUCAAAGCUCCCCCAUAGUUCUACACAGACUACUAUCAUGGUUCCCUCAAACAUGGAAAAUGAGAGAAACUUUCAAUUCAGAGAAAUCUAAAUUUGCAAUACAUUUGUUUACAAAGUCAGCUGUUAAAUUUCUAUUAUUAUCAGUGUGAACUCUUCCUAUAAUUUUUUCUUCACUUCUCUAAUGAAUUGAGCUCACACAUCUCAUCAGACUCAACAAAAAGGGAUCGCUCCAAUAUGGAUAUGAUGAAAGUAUGAUUAGGACAACAGUCCAUCAACAGCACAAUCUGUUGAUACCACAAGUAAAACAUCCAUCAAGAAGCUUAGAAUUGAAUUCUUGUGAGAGAGAAUGUUUCUCUCUCUUACAAAGUUGCAAGUGCAUGAAAGAUUUCAAACAAGUCCAUGCUCAUAUACUCAAGCUUGGAACGGAUGCACGACGUGAAGGCCAUUUGCUGACCGUAUGCGCAAUAUCGGAAUGGAGCAGUAUGGAUUAUGCUUGUUCGAUUUUUCGGAAUAUCAGUGACCCGGGUGUAUUUGAAUUCAACACCAUGAUUAGAGGAUAUGUGAAGGACACUGAUACAGUGGAAGCUAUUCUUUUAUAUCAAGAAAUGCAUCGGAAAGGAGUAAAACCAGAUAAUUUUACUUACCCUUUUCUUCUUAAAGCUUGUUCUUAUUUGUCAGCCAUCAAAGAAGGUCUACAAGUACAUGGGCAUGCUUACAAGUUCGGGUUUGGCUCUGAUUUGUAUGUUCAGAACAGUUUGAUUAACUUGUAUGGAAAAUGUGGAGAAAUGCAAUCCUGUUUUAAGGUAUUCGAAAGUAUGGAUCAAGUUAACAUUGCUUCCUGGAGUUCGCUUAUAGGUUCUCAUGCUAAAAUGGGAUUUUGGAAUGAGAGUUUACGAUUGUUUAGUGAAAUGAAUAACGAGGGUUUAUGGAGAGCUGACAAAAGUACACUAGUAAGUGUUCUUUCAUGUUGUGCAAAUUUGGGUUCCCUGGAUUCAGGAAGAUCAGUCCAUGGAUUUUUGCUAAGGAACGUAAGUGAACUGAAUGUUAUAGUUCAGACAUCUUUGAUAGACAUGUAUGUAAAAUGUGGAUCAAUAGAAAAGGGACUAUUUCUCUUCGAAAACAUGCAAAGGAGGAAUCAGUUAUCUUAUACUGUUAUUAUUUCAGGGCUUUCGGUUCACGGACGUGCAGAGGAAGCCCUGAAAAUCUUUGGAGACAUGCUCAAUGAAGGGCUCACUCCUGACGAAAUCGUUUACGUGGGUGUCUUAAGCGCAUGUAGUCAUGGAGGCCUUGUUGAUGAAGGUCUGAAGCUUUUCAAAAAGAUGAGAUUUGAGCACCAGAUAGUACCUACAGUUGAACAUUACGGAUGCCUGGUUGACCUUCUAGCUCGUGCAGGGAAGAUCGACGAGGCAGUAGAAUUCAUAAAGAAAAUGCCAAAGAAGCCAAACGAUGUUAUAUGGCGUAGUUUACUUAGCUCAUGUAAGGUUCAUGAGCAUUUACAAACUGCAGAAACAGCAAGUGAAAAGCUUUCCGAAUUAGACCCGAAUAACACAAGUGAUUCGGUGCUUCUGUCGAAUACGUACGCAAAAGCUCACAGGUGGGAAGAUUUGGCAAAGGUUCGUAAGAGUAUGGCUGAUAAGGGGUUGAGUCAAAUUCCUGGGUUUAGUACAGUUGAGGUGAAGAGGAAGCUGCACAAGUUUGUUUCACAAGAUAAGUCGCAUCCUAAAAGUAAUGAUAUAUAUGAGAUGAUUCAUCAGAUGGAGUGGCAAUUGAAGUUCGAAGGCUACUUGCCUGACUUAUCCCAAGUUUUGUUUGAUGUAGAUGAAGAGGAGAAACGAGAUCGAUUAAGAGCUCACAGUCAAAAACUAGCAAUAGCAUACGCUCUCUUAUACACAAGCCAAGAAUCCACAAUAAGAGUAGUUAAAAACCUGAGAAUGUCCAGGGACUGUCAUACAUACACAAAACUGAUUUCAAAGAUUUUUGAUCGAACUAUUAUUGUUAGAGAUCGAAACAGAUUCCACCAUUUCAAAGAUGGAAUUUGCUCCUGUAAAGACUACUGGUGAAUUGAAAUCACAUCUCAUUCAUUCAUUCAUAGGUAAGAAUUCAAAUUUAUUUUAACAAUUUUUAUUUCUCUGUUUAAAGGGUUUUAGGCUUAAAGGUUACUAAAACUAAGUUAAUCGAGAUGGCAGAAAGAUAUGUUUCUUGAAUUCAAUUACGGUUGCCUCUUUAUUCCU